CAGCAAAAUGGUUCACCAAGUUCCAGAAAACAUCAGUUUUCCUGCUGAAGAGGAGAAAAUCUUGCAAUUUUGGUCCAAAUUUAAUUGUUUUCAGGAAUGCUUAAAGCAGUCAAAACAUAGACCACGAUUUACCUUUUAUGAUGGACCUCCUUUUGCAACUGGAUUGCCUCACUAUGGACAUAUACUUGCAGGGACAAUUAAAGACAUAGUUACAAGAUAUGCUCAUCAGAGUGGAUUUCAUGUUGACAGAAGGUUUGGAUGGGAUUGCCAUGGUUUACCUGUGGAAUAUGAAAUUGAUAAGACACUAGGAAUCCGAGGACCAGAAGACGUGGCCAAGCUGGGAAUUGUGGAGUAUAACAAGCAGUGCCGUGCGAUUGUGAUGAGGUAUUCUUCUGAGUGGAGGGUGUUCAUACAGUGGGUUUUCAAACAACUCUAUGAUAAAGGCCUUGUUUACAGAGGUGUGAAAGUUAUGCCUUACUCCACAGCAUGUAAUACUCCACUUUCCAACUUUGAAUCUCACCAAAAUUACAAGGAGGUUCAAGAUCCUUCCGUAUUUGUAACUUUCCCUUUGGAGGAAGAUCUAAACGUAUCUUUAGUUGCUUGGACAACCACUCCGUGGACUCUACCUAGUAACCUGGCCCUCUGUGUUAAUCCUGAUAUGCAGUAUGUCAAGAUUAAAGAUAUUGUCAAAGGAAAACUGCUAAUUUUAAUGGAAGCCAGAUUAUCAGCACUUUAUAAAAUGGAGAAUGAAUAUGAAGUCCUUGAAAGAUUUCCUGGCUCCUAUCUCAAAGGCAAGAAGUACAGGCCACUGUUUGACUACUUUGUGAAGUAUAAAGAGUAUGGUGCUUUUACUGUGCUUGUUGACAACUAUGUGAAAGAGGAGGAAGGCACUGGAGUUGUACAUCAGGCUCCUUACUUUGGUGCUGAUGACUAUCGGGUCUGUAUGGACUUCAAUAUUAUUCAGAAGGACUCACUGCCUGUUUGCCCUGUUGAUGCGUCAGGAUGUUUCACAGCAGAAGUGACAGAUUUCAUGGGACAGUAUGUGAAGGAUGCUGACAAAAAUAUCAUCCGGACCCUGAAGGAGCAAGGCCGCCUUCUUAUAGCCAGCACCUUUACUCAUAGCUACCCUUUUUGCUGGAGAUCAGACACUCCUCUGAUUUACAAGGCGGUACCUAGCUGGUUCUUGCGAGUGGAACACAUGAUAGACAGACUGCUGAGCAACAAUGACUUGUGCUACUGGGUUCCAGAAUUUGUGAGAGAAAAGCGAUUUGGAAAUUGGCUGAAAGAUGCACGUGACUGGGCAAUUUCCAGAAAUCGAUAUUGGGGCACCCCUAUUCCACUGUGGGUCAGUGAUGACUUCCAAGAGGUUGUAUGUAUUGGUUCAGUGGCAGAGCUUGAAGAACUUUCAGGAGCAAAGAUCUCAGAUCUCCACAGAGAGAGCAUUGACCAUCUGACUAUCCCGUCACGCUGUGGGAAUGGACCUUUGCAUAGAAUCUCCGAAGUAUUUGAUUGUUGGUUUGAGAGUGGCAGCAUGCCUUAUGCACAAGUCCAUUAUCCAUUUGAAAACAAAAAGGAUUUUGAGGAUGUUUUUCCAGCCGACUUCAUUGCUGAAGGCAUUGACCAAACCAGAGGAUGGUUUUAUACACUGCUGGUUCUGUCCACAGCUCUGUUUGGACAGCCUGCUUUCAAGAAUGUGAUUGCAAAUGGGCUCGUCCUAGCUAGAUUAUAUCUGAUUAAUUCCCCAGUGGUGAGAGCAGAAAACCUCCGAUUUAAGGAGGAGGGUGUGCGUGAUGUGCUGAAAGAUGUCCUGCUCCCUUGGUACAAUGCGUAUCGCUUCUUUAUUCAGAAUGUCCUGCGGCUCCAGAAGGAAGAAGAGAUACAAUUCCUCUGCAGUCAGAGUACAGGUGAUGUCAGCACCAACGUUACAGAUCGCUGGGUCCUGUCUUGUAUGCAGUCCCUCAUUGCUUUCUUUGAGACAGAAAUGGCAGCUUACAGGCUUUAUACUGUGGUCCCUCGCCUAGUCAAAUUUGUGGAUAUUUUGACAAAUUGGUAUGUCAGAAUGAAUCGCAGAAGGUUAAAGGGUGAAAAUGGGAAGGAGGAUUGUGUUACUGCAUUGGAAACCUUGUUUAGUGUUCUGCUUUCUUUGUGCAGACUUAUGGCCCCCUAUACACCUUUUCUCACGGAAUUAAUGUACCAGAAUCUAAAGCUGCUGAUUGAUCCUGUUUCUGUCCAGGAUAAAGAUACAAUGAGUAUUCACUACCUCUUGCUGCCCCAUGUUCGAGAAGAAUUGGUGGACAAGAAAACUGAGAGUGCAGUACUGAGAAUGCAGUCUGUGAUUGAACUUGGGCGAGUAAUCCGAGAUCGCAGAACUAUUCCAAUAAAGUAUCCUUUGAAAGAAAUUGUGGUUAUACACCAGGAUCUGGAGGCUCUUAAAGAGAUCAAGUCAUUAGAGAAGUAUAUAAUUGAGGAAUUGAAUGUUAGGAAGGUUACACUGUCUACAGAUAAAACUAAAUAUGGUAUUCGGCUAAGAGCUGAGCCUGAUCACAUGGUCCUUGGGAAGCGACUAAAGGGAGCCUUUAAAGCAGUGAUGACUUCCAUCAAGCAGUUAAAUGAUGAGGACCUGGAGACGUUUCAAAAGAGCGGAACCAUUGUGGUGGAAGGCCAUGAAUUGCACAAAGAAGAUAUCCGUUUCAUAUAUACCUUUGAUCAAGCUACACAGGGCACUGCACAGUUUGAAGCACACUGGGAUACUCAGGCUUUGAUUCUCUUAGAUGUCACCCCAGACCAGUCAUUGGUUGAUGAAGGAAUGGCUCGGGAAGUCAUUAAUCGCAUCCAGAAACUUCGAAAGAAGUGCAAUCUGGUUCCAACUGAUGAAAUAACGGUUUAUUAUAAAGUAAAUUCAGAAGUAAGAUAUCUGAAUAAUGUUAUUGAAGACCACACAGAUUUCAUAUUUGCCACUAUAAAGGUUCCUUUGAGACCAUAUCCAGUUCCUACAUCAGAUAAAAUCCUUAUUCAAGAAAAAACACAGUUAAAAGGGUUUGAACUGGAAAUUACACUCACCACAGGAUCAUCCCAGCCUGGUCCUGCUUGUGCAUAUGUUAAUAUUAACAUUUGUACAAAUGGCAGUGAGCAAGGUGGAGUUUUGCUUCUAGAAAAUCCAAAAGGUGAUAAUAAGUUGGACCUUUUAACAAUGAAGAGUGUUGUUACUAGCAUUUUUGGCAUUCAAAAUAGACAGCUGACUGUCUACUAUGGUGAAACAGAAAUAAAAGACCAAACUGACCUUCUUAGUCUUAGUGGGAAAACACUUUGUGUGACGACAGGAUCAACCCCCUCUAUGAUCGACAGUCCCAGUACUCUACUCUGUCAGUAUAUCAACCUAAAGCUCUUGAACACAGUACCACAAGAAUGUUUAAUGGGAACAGUUGGUACACUUCUACUUGAGAACCCAUUUGGGCAAAAUGGACUCACCUACCAAGGUCUUCUGAAUGAAGCAGCCAAGGUAUUUGGCCUUCGGAGCAGGAAGCUAAAGCUGUUUCUGAAUGAGACUCUAACACACGAAAUUACAGAGGAUAUCUCCAUGAAGACUUUGAAUAUGAAGACUGUGUAUGUUUCUGUACUCCCGACAACGGCAGAGGUCUAACAUGUGUCUAUGAAUGUGGUCAGUCAGUUUUUCCCUAUCUUACACCAUCCCUAAUAAACACAAAAUCACUGUGAA